AGGACCCCCAACGGUGGCAAAAUCAUAACAAGUCUGUCGAUUUGCAUCCAACAUGGCGAACCCUCGAAAAUUUAGCGAGAAAAUUGCUCUGCACACUCAAAAACAGGCUGAAGAAACUGCUGCCUUCGAGGCCAUCAUCAGAGAUGUUAGCGCAGCCACGAGGGGCCACAUGCAACAAAAACAGAACCAACAACUUCACAUACAACAAAACAUAAUGCAGCAAUACCGUGGGGGCUCACUGCCCAAUGUGAAUCAAAUGGUAAACGCAAAUUCAGGGCUAGAUUUACAGGCAUUACAACACCUGGAAGGCAUGAGAGGUCAACAAACACGUGUUGAUAGAAUGCAUCCUCGGGACAGAGGAAGACAGCAGAUUGGUCCUCUUAGAUCUAGACCCUUUCAAAUGGAAAAAUCUAGGGCUGAUUGUUCCCCAUAUGGAAGUGGAGCAUAUUUAUCGCCACCACCAGAUACCAGUUGGAGAAGAUUAUUUCGGCACCUGAACGGUGUCAAUCACUUGUCACGAACAAAUUCGGAUUCAGCAAUACACUCGAGUUCUGCCAUGGGACGAAGCACUGAUGGUACUAGUCCAAAUACCCCACCCAUGCAUCGGCGAAUACAUGAAGUUGUUGGGGAAAACUCUGGAAUGUCAGCAGGACCCUUCCCAUGGGAUCCAAAAAAGUUACAACAAAGACCUAAGUCAUGUGAAGUGCCAAAUAUAAACAUAUAUCCAUCUGGUGAGCCGGACUCACAGAUGCAUGUCCCUGUGGCUAACAACACAGGCUCAUUACCCGAUCUGACCAUCCUCCAGUUCCCAUCACCCCUCACAACCCCCUUAGACAUUGAAGAUCAGAACUACAACAACAGCUCUGCCAAUCUCUCACCAACCAGUGCUCAUAAUAUAAAUAUGGGGCCCCCACAGCACCACAAUGGAUCGCCCGCGCAAAGCCCAGGAAGUCAACGACGAAGGAUGAACGCUAGUGGACCUAGUCCCCUCGUCUUGACUGGAAAUGGAAACCCAUCUAUGAGAGUUCCUGUCUCCCCUCCGGUUCCAAACAUAGAUCCCACCACAUUACAAAUGGAUCCUCGAAUGCAACAACAGUAUUUGUUAUAUAUGCAUCAACAGCAGCAGCGGCACAGGGGUCAGGGGCCCGGACAUAUGUCACCCACGCAAUCAUCUCAAAACCAUGUGGGGCUUGCAGAAAGCCCGCGAGUACCUCCCCCUCAUCUAGGGCCAGUACCAAAAGUUUGUGUAACAUCUCAUGAAAAUGAUCCACCGGAGCCAUCAUUGACUCAGUAUAGAAAUAACAUAUCUGAGAGUGGUUGUCAGUCACCUACAUCCCCGCAUAGUCAACCUUCGUAUUCACCGUCACAAUCUCCUGGUCUCCCACCCACAUCAUGGAAUAAUUCUGUGUUCGAGAUGGACCCCUACCAUCUACAGCAGCAACAGACUAACGCUCUACAACAGCAAUUUGAACAUUUUAACAUGCAUCAAGCAAGUUCAGUUUGUAAUGAUGUAAACAAGUCGGGUGUUGGCCUCAAUAGCUCAGUGUCAACCUCUUUGCCAUACUCCCAGGCUAAUAGUCAAGUAAUGAACCCUGAUUACAACCAUCAGCAGCAGCAGCAGCAACAACAACAACAGCAGCAGCAGCAGCCACAGCAACAGCAGCAGCAGCAGUACUACAUGGACAAUAAUAUCAGCUCUCAGUCACCCAUAGUCAAUAACACAUUAACUAGCUCAAUUGCAAACAAUAAAAUACCAGAUAUUAUUUUAUCAGGUCUGUGCAGCAUGGGAGAUGGAUCUUUCGAUUCUGAUUUGUUCAGUGGAGUUUCAGAUGAAGCUUUAAAAGAUGGAUUAGUUCCCCUGGAUCUGGACGGUUUACAGAUGCUGACAGAUCCAAAUAUGGUGACAGACGCUGAUACUGAAAACUCUUUCAGACUGGAUCAGUUAUAGGAAAGUGGAAGAAAAUCUUGGACAACAGUUUUUUUUCUUCCUAAUUUUGAAAAAAGAAACAUUUUCAAUGGAAUGAUUGAAAAGAAUGGAUUGUGUAGGCAGUUAUCACUAGGCAGUAGAGGCAUUUUACACCUGAUUUAGUAAUACCCUGCUUGUUUAGCAUAUUCUGUGUGCAUAAAAAAACCACCGUGACAGAUUAAAUGGCAGAUUGAACAAAGGAGAGGAAUUCCUCGGGGGGGUGCCAUACUAGUCAGUGGACCAGGACAGACAUGAGAAACAUGUUUAUUUCGUCAACAAUUUUGUGUUAUGUGGGUAAGGGACAAAUAAUGUUUUGAUUGUGUAAAAGGGACACUUUGUUGACCAGAUUGAAAGUGGUAUUGUUCAGAAUUUGUAUUUGGGUAAUGUAGAACAUAACCUCAGGAUUGAAUAUGAAUGGUAAAUAUACUAGACUAAGUAAUGAUUAUUUUGUGACGUACCAUGACAACCAACGUCUUUGUUACUUGCAGAAAAGCCAAAUGCGGGAUAAAUUCUACACUGCAUGAAAUUAACAAAUGAAUGGUCUCUGAAAUACUAGGUUUCGCUCUUGGUAGAAUUAGCAUUAUGUAAUCUCGCCACAGUUGCGCAUUAUGUUACCCUACACAGCCAAACUCUUUCUCACUAUUUCCUUUGUUACGACCAAAUUUCGUAGUGUUGUUGAUAUACAUGACAUUAUUACCGUAUAGCGGGAUAUUUCUGCGGUCAAAAUAUUCUGCGUUUUGGUCCCAAAAAUUAUGAAAGAAAUUUCUGCGUGUUUAAUUUCUGCGUUUUCACAUAAAAGGAAGCGAAAUUUCUGCGUUUUCGAUACCAAGGAGGAGGUAGUUCCCCGCAUGAUCGGACGUCUAGAGAAUGAUAGCGUAUGAAAACAAUAAACUAAAUUACUGAUAACUGCUGUUAAGUAGCUUUUCUUUUAAUGAAUACAUUGUAGAAUAUAAUAACACGUGAAUUGGACAAAUAUAAGUCCAACAACUGCAAACUGCGGUAUAUCGGCAUAAAGGUUACUAAGGUAUAGUUCGGAAGAUGUUAAUAAGAACAACUCAAGUGAAAUUCACUCAGUUUAUUACAUUCACAAAAAAAAUCAAACAAACAAAAAAAACAGAAGAAACGUUUUCUGAGGGAUUAACAGUUAGGACUUUGAUUGACCAUCACACCUAAUUAUACCAUUAUCGGUAAUUGUUAGAUGACGACGGUAAUUUCAGAUAAUUAGACCAUGCCAUUGUGAAUUUCGGAUUACCAUUUGUAACAUAUCGUGAAACAACGUUGAUGAAAAAAUGCAGAUUUUUUUGCGUUUUAAAUUUUUGCUGGAUGAAUAUUCUGCUGGAAAUAUUUUUGCGAUUAUACUGAGAGACCGCAGAAACGCAUCUUAGAUAUCUGUUCUAAGGUAUUCAUUGUGUAGAAUGUCAUGUUAUGCCCUUGCAAUGCUAAUCCCACUCUGAUUUUUUUGUUUACAUUUUUUAUCAGUGAGAAAUAUGGCGUCCAUCCCGAGCUGAAAUGACGUCGCGUUAAAUUUUUACAUGUUUAAGCAAACCUGGUGUGUAAGAAAGAAAAUUUCAUCCCUUCAACAUUAUUUGGAACACUGUUAUUGUAUAGUUCUGGAGAUGUUAAUAAGAACAACUCAAGUGAAAUUCACUCAGUUUAUUACAUUCACAAAAAAAAUCAAACAAAAAAAAAAAAAGAAGAAACGUUUUCUGAGGGAUUAAUAGUUAGGACUUUGAUUGACCAUCACACCUAAUUAUACCAUUAUCGGUAAUUGUUAGAUGACGACGGUAAUUUCAAAUAAUUAGACCAUGCCAUUAUGAACUUCGGAUUACCUCGGGUAACAUAUCGUGAAACAACGUUGAUGAAAAAAUGCAGAUUUUUUUGCGUUUUAAAUUUUUGCUGGAUGAAUAUUCUGCUGGAAAUAUUUUUGCGAUUCUACUGAGAGAACGCAGAAAUAUUGCCCACGUAGAAAUAACCCGCUAUACGGUAUGUCUAGGUCUGUGUAGUCUUGUUCAAAUAUUGUCUGCAGUUGCGUCUGGUUCCGAUUUAGUCCAAUGAUUUUUUGACUGGUUCUUAAAGAAAAUGCAGAUUAAGGACUGGUUCUGAAGAAAUUUGCAGGUUAUAGUCUGUUUCUGAUUUAAUCAGCAAGCUUUAGUCUUGUUUUAGUUUAUGUAGUGUAAAGUUUUUGUCUGGUUCCUGAUUUAGCUGAAAUUUAUUUGACUGGUUUAACUGGUGGUAUGAGUCACAUUAAGUCAGCUGUUUAUAUAAUUUGAUAGUUCCGAAGUGUGAUUCUAAUUAGAUAAGCUGGUUUUUGUCUGGUUCUGAUUUUGUCUGCAAAGUUCAGUCUGGUUCUGGUAUGGUGUAUAUAUGCAGGGGCUCCAAUCUUGUUACAGAAAUUUGUUAGUAAUGCAUUUAAUUUAAGCUUAAUGACUAGGCACUAUUGAAUCGGUUCCCGGUAUCUCAUCACCAGGCAUCAGACAAGUAAACUUGAAGAAAUUCUAAUAACAUGUUAUGACCAUUUUCACAUUCCAUUUAAUAUACCGAAAAGCGAGACAUUUACAAUAAAAAAAUUGCAUUAUGACCUAAAUUGUGUUGAUAUGACUUGAGAACACAACACAAAAAACAAAUUAUGUUGGUAUCAAAAAAGGGAACUUCAAAAUGUUUUCACAGAUUCAUAGAUUAUUAUAGAUGAAAUACAGUGCUUUUUUCAUACAAAUUUGGACAAAAGUUAACAAGAAACACCAUACAAAUGUAUAAGCAGCAUAAAACACCAAAUACAUGUAUGAGCAGACGCAAAUCCCGACACAAAUAUAUCAGCAGAUAGAAAACAUCCCUUAAAUAUAUGAGCAGAAAGAAAGAAAUUAACACCAAAAUUUAUUAGCAGAAAUGAAUUAACACACAAAUUAAUGUAUGAGCAGAAGAAAAUGUCGCACAAGUAUAUGAGCAGACAGAAAACACCACAAAAAUGUAUGAACACAGACAACAACACACAAAUGUAUUGGCAGAAAGAAAUCAACACACAAAUGUAGGUGCAGGAAGAAAUUAACACACAAAUGUAUGAGCAGACAGAAAACACCACACAAAUGUAUGAACACAUAGAAAACAACACACACAUAUAUCAGCAGAAAGAAAUCAACACACAAAUGUAGGUGCAGGAAGAAAUUAACACACAAAUGUAUGAGCAGACAGAAAACACCACACAAAUGUAUGAACACAUAGAAAACAACACACAAAUGUAUCGGCAGAAAGAAAUCAACACACAAAUGUAGGUGCAGGAAGAAAUUAACACACAAAUGUAUGAGCAGACAGAAAACACCACACAAAUGUAUGAACACAUAGAAAACAACACACAAACGUAUCAGCAGAAAGAAAUCAACACACAAAUGUAGGUGCACAAAGAAAUUAACACACAAAUGUAUGAGCAGACAGAAAACACCACACAAAUGUAUGAAUACAUAGAAACAACACACAACUGUAUGAGCAGGCAGAAAACACCACACAAAUAUAUGAACACAUAGAAAACGGCACACUAUUGUAUCAGCAGAAAAAAAUGAACACAAAUGUAGGUACAGGAAGAAAUUAACACACAAAUGUAUAAGCAGGCAGAAAAUAACAUCAGACAGGCAAUACUACACAAUGUUUAAGCAACUGAAGAUACCUCCCAAAUAUAUACACAUACAGAAUGUACAACAAAAAUGUAUAAGCAGGCAGAUAUAUCAUCAGACAGUCAAGAUGACACAACGUUUAAGCAACUGAAAAUGCCUUCCAAAUAUAUGAGCAUAACAGAAAAUACCACUCAGAGGUAUGAGCCUGAUGUGUUUGUUCUUAAAAUGUUAAUGCUAGGUUUACUGCUUGUUCUCCUGGAUAGCAAUGUUUACAGUAGUCUAUGAUGUGUUGUCUAAGUGAGAUGUGUAAAAUUAUUGUUAUUUUAUUGAUAAGGAUGUGUUCCAUUGCAGCUUUAAAUAAAAUACCUACCUUUAAAUUCUAGACUUUCAGGAAGUACUAGCAAAGGCAUGAAAUUGUGUUUGUAGUGCCAUCAGAGUACAGUGUAGUGCACUUGUUCUCGGUUUCAGUCUUGAUGGAUUUAAGGACAAGUAUAUGAAAGGAUAAGAUUUUGUUUCUUAUGUCUUUAACCAUGUUACCUACUUCAAGUGAAAGUAAUUGACCAGAACUGAGACAAGUAGAUGAAAUAUUAUUGCAUGUAUCCUCUUAAUUGCAAGAAGUGAUUUUUUUUACUAGUUUUGCAUAAUAGAAUCACUUAUUUUAUAAAAAAAAAGUAUUGAACUGGAAAAAAAAACUUGUGGCUCAAAUCAGUAAAGUUUAUAUUCUGAUCUGUACAUAUUUAUAUAAACCUGCAAACUUGAAAUGAUUUGAUAUGGCAAUUUUUGGCUCUGUUUUUGUACACCUGUUAUACAUAGCGCAUAUUUUGGGAACACCUGCAGUAGGCAGCUGGUAAGCGACAUCCAAAAAAGUUGUCCACUUUCUAACUCGAGCAGUUCUUAUUUAAUGUUGACCAAACUUGGUCACAGUGUUUAUGGGCCAAAUAUCCUGGUCAGGUUCAAUAACCAGUUAGAUCUUCUCAUCUCUCUGGAGUUAUUGCCCUUCAAUUUGUAAGAAUUGCCAGUGUCUGUUCUCUAACUCGUACAGUUCUUAAUCAAUGUUUGCCAAAUGUGGUCACAGUGUUUAUCGGCAUAAUAUUUUGACCAAAUUCUAUCAGCUUGAGGAUCCAUAUAAGUCUCUUGGGAGUUACGGCCCUUUAAUUAAUUGAAAUUUAGAAAAUUGACAGCUAGUUUGCUUAAUAAGUAGUCUUUCAUUAGUAAAAGAAGUUUUCUGUGAUGGGUGUAUACUAUGACAGUUUUCCACUCUUGUUUUAGGUACGGUACUUUGGAAAAUUAAAAAAAAAACAAUACCUGUUUUCAAGUUUUUCUAAUAGCAUUGUUGUUUCUAGGUCAUAAAACUUAGUUUUGGAGACUGGUCUUGAAAGCAAUCUUCUCAUUAGUCUGUAUUAAGAUUGUGGUCUCAAACGCAACCAGUCAGAUGCUAAAGUUCUCUGACUGGUGUUCAAAUUUAGCUUUAUAACUUUGAGACCUGGUCUUGAAGGAAGUCGUGUUAGAAAGGAUCUGCACAUGUUUUAUAUAUGACUAAUCAUUUAUGGUUGCCAUUUCAUUAUUCUGAAUUUUCAUUUAACCUUUAGCCUGCUGGUGGCAAAUGUUUUAGCCUUUGUGACCAGUGCAGACCAAGAUCAACCCGCACAUCCUUGCAGGCUGAUCAUGGUCUACACUGUUCGCUAUUCGGUCAGUUAAUUUUCAGUGAACACCCCUUCAGAUAAUAAAUGGUACUGUCCAAAUUGAAUGAUGGAUUAGUCCAUUAUAGAAAAUUAGCAGGGUGAAGGUUAAGUGUCAUAUGUAACAACAGAAGCUGUACAAGUUUAUAGUAUGUUACUUAGGUUCAUUGUUUAUGUAUAAUGUUAUUGUUUAAUGCUCAAUUUUGUUUUGUCCUCCAGACUUGAUUUCAUUGCCACACUUUACAUUACAGCUAUUCAGUUCUUACAUUUUGUACAUACGGGGUUCAUUAAAUUCAUUUUACAUAAGCUAAUUAGAAAUGGAGUUUGUCUUGUGUUAAUGCUUUAAAAGGUACGUCCAUCUGAAAUACAUACAGUCUUUAGGGGUUAGGGGAAACAACAUUGUUUAAUUCUGGAGAAAGGUUUGUUAUUAGAAAAAAGCAACCUUUCUUUUAUUAAUGCUUCAAAAUCUUGGAUAUUUAACACCUUUUAAGUGGUUGCUUUUUUUCUGUAACAGGCUACUUUUCAAAACUCCAGUAAGAUUAUACUUAAUGUUUCUGCUACAAAUUUUGAGGUUUUGUCAAUUUUUUUUUCCAAAUAUGAAAGGUAUCACAGUACAUGUCCAUAUACAAACAACUGAUUUGGGAACAGGUGACAAAUGAUAUACAGUCUAAUGUUAUACAUCUUUAGUUCCCCACUGGUGUUUCAUAGCAGGGGACUUACAGUUUGACCCAAGUCUGUCUGUCCUUUAGUCCUUUGCACAAUGUGGGAUCUUACGAUAACUUAAAAAGUAUAAGAUAUUUGUUUAUGAAACUUGGUUCAUGGAAAAUUGUCAGUAUGCAGAAUAUGCAUGUUCUUUCAUUAAAGUUGUGGACAAAAAUGUGGUAGCUAUGGCAACAAAUAAUAAAACAACAUGACAGAAAGUGGCAGAGUUAGAUCUUAAGAUAACUUAAAAAAUACACAAUAUUUUUUCAUGAAACUUGAUCCAUGGAUGGACAGCAAUAUUGGGAAUAUGAACAUCUUUUUAUUUUGUUGCUAUGACAACAUAUUCUCUAAAAUUAUGACAAAAAAGUGAAUUCUGUCAAAAAUUCACAAGUACUAUUUUUCAUGAAAUUUGAUAAAUAGCUAGAAGAAAAUGUAGGAACAUGAACGUUAUUUUAUUUUCUACGUUUAUCUGUUCAUUCAUCCAUCUGUUUGCCUUGUCAGUCACAAAUGGUGUAUUCCUUGUACAAGAGAUUUUUCCGUGAAACCUGGAACGUAGAUAGAAGCAAUAUUUAGAAUGUACAUAUCGUAUUAUUUGUUACUUUAGCUAUCAGUUUGUCCAUGAGGGAUCCUAUUUUAGCUUUCAAAGUACAAGAAUUUUUUUUCAAUCUUAACUUAUAAAUGGUAUAUUAUUUUGGGAAUAUGCCGGUUCUUGAGUUUAAUUAAAAAAUAAAAAAUGAGGUUCUUUGAGCAGCAAAUACGAGAAAUGUCUCUAUUGGUGUCUAUAUGUCUCUUUAUUGCUUGGCAUUCGUCUUGUUUCUCAUGUAUAAUACAAGUAAUUUUAAAUAUUCGUUGGAAAAAAUAUAUAAAUAAUUUUUUUAAUAUAUAUAUAUAUAUGUAUGAAUUAAGUGCUUUUUUAUUGAUAUGUAAAUUUACAAAUUUUUUGUGAUAGUAAUUUUUAUGAUUAUACUUAUAGUAUUUGAUCAUGUAAAAUGGCAUUCAUUUUAAUAUACCGUUGAAGACUUUUGACCAGAGCUGAUGUACUUAAAACUGCCAUCACGAAAAUAAAAUUAUUUUUGAAAAAAAAAAAUAACACAAGAACAUUUUGUAUGUUUGUUACAAGUGGAGUUGUCUUCUACACAAUGAAUCUGUUUCGUUAACAAAUUUUGUAUUAAUUUUGCUUGCUUGACUUAGAACACAGUUGUGAUAAUUUGCAUAUGCUAUCACUUUGUUAUAGUUUUAGAAAGAAAAUAUCAGUAUGAAAAGCAUAUUUUUAUAUCUUUAUAAAUUUGUUAAUGGCAUUUUAUCUUUUAAUUUAUCUGCCAGAUGCUUUUUAUGUUUUUGUUCUUCGAAUGUUUUAUGUACUUUUCAAGUUCAUGGGAGGAUAAAGUGUGUUUUUACAAAAUUAGAUUAAAACCCUUUUAGCCUUUUUUCAACGUCGUUACAUUGUGAAUUUUACAAAAAAAAAAAAGAAUUUUUUUUGCACAAAACUUAAAGGGUGGACUGUUUUGUCUAAAAAGUAAAAAUGUUCAUAAGACCAGUUUAGAGACUGAAAUUGUGUAUAACAUGAAUGUGGUUUCUUACAAUGUACGGAAAAAAUAUUCUGAAAUGCAGUUUUGGAGCUAAUGAAUCAAACAGCAGGUGGAAGAUGAGAUUUAUAUAUGAAUGAUGUUAAUCUAAGAGCAAACAGUAAUUGUUUACUUUGAAAAAACCUUAGUUUGUGCUAGUUUUAUUUGGUAAUUUUGAGUUUUUAUAGGUAUUUACAGUGCAUGUAAUAUUGUAGAUAUACUGUCGAACUUAGUUCGUUUAAACUCCUAGGGACCAGCAAAAUUUAUUUGAGAUAUCGGCAUUUUCAACAAUUUAGGUAAUACAGAGAUUUUUCUUGUACGUGACGAUGAGUUCGAGUGAAGGAUGGUGUUCUAAUUAUCCGAGUUUGAGCGAACAAAGCUCUACUGUAUUUUGUUUUGAUGAAGUUUUUCUAUUGCUUUGUUACAUUCUGACCAACCCUGACUGUCAAGUUGAUAUCAAGUGAUCUUCUAGUCACAUUAUUUGUCUGUAUCAAAAAUAUCUGUCAUGUUACUUUACUUUUUUAGAAUAUCUGUAGUUGUUACUUGUUGUGACCUGAAUAACAAACAAGUUGCUGAUCAAGGCAUGCUAUAUUGUAAUGUGUUUGGGGCUAUUUUUACAUGGCAAAGAUGGCGCUUGCAGAAGUUUCAGUGAAACAUGAUGGAAUUUCAGAAAGCAAGUAAAUAUUAGGGCUGGGACGAUUACUUAAUCGUUAAUCGUUUGUAUGAAAUCGAAUCGAACUGGUUAAUCGGACGCCAUAUUGAAAAUGCUGUUUUCUUUCCUGAUGACCAUAUCAAGGUACUUCCGGCAGCUGACUUCAUUAGGGCCUUAUGGACUUUAUCAUUUGCAAGCAGUGUGAUAAUAAACAAGUCAUAUUUUGGUGUAUUUUAUUAGCUCGACUAUUCAUAGAAUAGUAGAGCUAUUGGACUCGCCCAUGCGUCGGCGUCCGCGUCAGCAUCCGCGUCCCGAUUUGGUUAAGUUUUUGUAUGUAAGCUGGUAUCUCAGCAACCAAUUGUGGGAAUGAAUUGAAACUUCACACACUUAUUCACUGUGAUAAACUGACUUACAUUGCACAGGUUCCAUAACUCUGUUUUGCUUUUUUACAAAAUUAUGCCCCUUUUUCGACUUAGAAAUUUUUGGUUAAGGUUUUGUAUGUAAGCUGGUAUCUCAGUAACCACUUGUGGGAAUGGAUUGAAACUUCACACACUUAUUUACUGUGAUAAAGUGACUUACAUUGCACAGGUUCCAUAACUCUAUUUUGCUUUUUUACAAAAUUAUGCCCCUUUUUCGACUUAGAAUUUUUUGGUUAAGGUUUUGUAUGUAAGCUGGUAUCUCAGUACUCACUAAUGGGAAUGGAUUGAAACUUCACACACUUGUUCACUGUCAUGAUCUGACAUGCCCAAAGCAGGUCCAAUAACUUUAUUUUGCUUUUUUACAAAAUUAUGCCCCUUUUUCAACAUAGAAAUUUUUGGUUAAGUUUUUGUAUGUAAGCUGGUAUCUCAGUAUCCACUAAUGGGAAAGGAUUGAAACUUCACACACUAGUUCACUGUCAUUAGCUGAUAAGCACUAUGCAGGUUCCAUAACCCUAUUUUACUUUUUUACUAAAUUAUGCCCCUUUUUCGACUUUCUUAUUCAUUCAAGCGACAAGGCUGUUAAAUAGUCGAGCGUUGCUGUCCUCCGACAGCUCUUGUUUUAAAUAUGUCACGACAGGCAAAGUACGAUUCGUGACAUCAUUUAGAUCGAAAAUAGCAAGGGAAAUGCAAUUCUACCUGUUCAUCGAUCGAUAAACACAUUCAGGCACGUUGCUGUCAAGGAUGUAAUGUAUGCAUGCAGUACUAUACAUUUUAUUGGGAUUGUUGGAUGUUUAUUGUUUGAGAGCAAUUAGCGUUUUUUCAAAAUUGAAACUGGUUUCACAUAGUAAUUGAAUUGGAUCCAAUUAACUGCGUUAUCGUCCCAGUCCUAGUAUUCUUCAUACAUGAUAACAUGAAUUAUUUUUCUGUAAUGUGCCACAUGAGCCAUUGAUGUAAUUUUACUGUAGUGGUUCAAACUUUUAUACAGAUAUUCUGCAUUGUUGCUCUUUUAACUUUUUAAAAGAAAUAAAUAUUUUUCUUUUUAAGUUGUACAUGUAGUUUGAUACAUGGCCAUAGGCUUAAUUGAAGAAGGAAUUCUUUUAAAAUGUUUAUGUUGUAUUUGUUGAUUUUUUAGAUGUUUGAAUCUAGCAUGAAAGUGCUUUGUUAAGAGGGCUACCUGUUUUUCAACCAUUAUCAUUCCAUUGUGAUUCAAGGUGAAUUGUAGACCCUUCAUAAAAUCAACAAACUUUGUAGAUAUUUUUUCCAUUCUGAAGCUGCCAUUUCUGUACAUACAUUUCAGCUUAAAAAAAUAAUGUUGGGCAUAAUAUCUUUAGAAAAGGUGUUUGUACCAAGGGUUGCGAUUCAGAAUACAAAUACUGGUAGUAUUUCAUUCUGUAAAAUAACAAUCAAAACGUCAUGUAAUAUCUUUCAGGAUUCUAGCCAGGCUAUUAUGUCAUGUGCGACAUGCAUCGAAUGUCUUAAGCAGCAUGCUUUCAGGCUUUCAGUUGUAUUUUUCAGUGGAAAGCAUUUAAGAAAAGACAGUUUAAUACUGGAAGACAAGUUUCAUCAAUUAAUAUCAAAAUAAUCGAGCAUGAAAACCAUGUUUUCACUGGCUGAUUUAAAGAGACAGUGCCAGAUAAUAGAUAUGAAAUAAAGGUCACUUUUAAUGUUUUUUGCAUGUAUUGAUAAGCAGAUUCAUGAAAAGACACUGUCAUGGCCACAAGAUCAAGAAGUUGUUGCUAAAAAUGAUACGAGCCGCGCCAUGAGAAAACCAACAUAGUGGGUUUGCAACCAGCAUGGAUCCAGACCAGCCUGCGCAUCCGCACAGUCUGGUCAGGAUCCAUGCUGUUCGCUUUCAAAGUCUAUUGCUAUUAGAGAAACUGUUAACGAACAGCAUGGAUCCUGACCAGACUGCACGGAUGCGCAGGCUGGUCUGGAUCCAUGCUGGUUGCAAACCCACUAUGUUGGUUUUCUCAUGGCGCGGCUCGUAUCAUUUUUAGCAUUUUUGUAUUGAUGAGCAGAUUCAUGAAAAGACACUGUCAUGGCCACAAGAUUAAGAAGUUGUUGCUAAAAAUGAUAUGAGCCGUGCCAUGAGAAAACCAACAUAGUGGGUUUGCAGCCAGCAUGGAUCCAGACCAGCCUGCGCUACCGCGCUUUCAAAGCCUAUUGCUAUUAGAGAAACUGUUAGCAAACAGCAUGGAUCCUGACCAGACUGCACGGAUGCGCAGGCUGGUCUGGAUCCAUGCUGGUCGCAAAGCCACUAUGUUGGUUUUCCCAUGGCACGGCUCAAUUAUAUUCUAAAGAAAACUUUUACAGUAUAUUUUUUGAUAGGUCUUGACAGAUUAAUUGGAUGUUUUAAUAAGGAUAGAUUUUGGCAGGAACCCUGAUUUUGACUUUAUAGUGUUGUUUCAUUAGUUAUGCAUAUAUAUUUCAUAUUUGACAUUUACUCAUACGGAAAUAGAAAAUAUACGUACACUUUCAUAAAACUGUUGCAUUCUCAAAUACACAUAAUCAUUACAUAGCAUGUAUUACUUUUGAAAUACAUGUGUCAUUCUGCAGGUCACAUUUACAAUUUUAUUCAAGUUAGAUACAGUAUAUCAGCUAUCGUUCGAUAUUUCAUUUAUUAUUUAGUUAUUCACAUUUAAAUUCAUUGUUCAGGUUUUCAGAAUUAAUUUUUAAUUUUGUGGAAAUAUUUGCAGUCUGUUACAUAUUAGUCAGUAUAGAAUAAUAUUUCAUCACAAAACUUUUUAAGUGACCUCCUUUGCUGAGUGGCUAAGUUGGCUCUUUUCAAGUCAAUUGACCCUUGACCUCUCUAUGUAUGAUGGACUGGCAGAAUCAAAUUCCUUGUAAAUUGUUGAUUUUAUGAAGGUUUGUCUGUGUGUAUGAAGAAUGUGUAUAACUCUACCCGGUUACUGAAAUAUAUUGCUGUUUGAUAUAUAUGUUACAUAGAUUUAUUGUGUUUAAUAGUAAGGUCUACAGAGGUUUAGAAAAGAAAGAAGUUUUUGAAAGCUCUCUUAUUUAAAAGUGUAUGCUUGAGGACAGUAGAAUUCAGAAGGUAAAAAGGCAGCUAUGUCAUUUAAAAGCUUUAUUGGUAAAAGUGUGGAAUCAUAGAGGAAUAAAAUAUACCGCUGAAACUCGAUAUCUCAAAUUCCAAGGGAUCAAGAGUUUUUUUGGUUUUUUUCGAGAUAACUAAAAUUAGACUUAAAAUGAUAUUUUGUGCAAGUGUUUUUGGGACAGGACUUAAAAUGUCUUUGAGAUAGCUGAAAGUUUAAAAGGGAGUUUGAGGUAUCGGGUUUCAUCUGCAUUUGAGUACUAGCAAGUAUAAAAGAUACAUCACCAUAAAAUGGAAGUUUCUAUUAUAAUUUAUUGGGAGGUUAUUUAAACUUGUGUUUCAAGUUGUAAACUUACUUUUUCCAUACAUACAGGAAUAAAUAUAGGAUUUUCUUAAAAUUAGCUUUGAUGCAGAAUAUUACAAAAACUUAUACUUGGUUAAUAAUAGAUUUAUUCUUUUAGGUGUGCAUUUUUAUAGCUUGCAAAUUUAGGUGCAAUAGAGGUCAUAAAAUGUGUUAAGGAGAGUAUCAUUGUUUAGUAAUUGAUAGUGUUUUGUGUUUAAUUUCAAACUUGUUAAGUAAGAAAAAAUUGUACAAAUUAUGCAUAUUCUACAUGAAACUUUAGUAAUCAAAAUAUUAAAUAGGAAAAUUGUAACAAAGUGUAAUAUAGGUCUCCAGAAAUAUCCAAAAACAACUGUGAUUGGUUGACAGGCAAUCACUAGGACCAUUUUGACAUGUGUUUGAUGUAAAACAAACUUCACAGUUACUCGAUUCAAAUUGAGGGAAGGAAAGCAAUUUUAUUCUUGAGCUUAGUCAACAAUACCUUCACAGUUAAGUUUUUCAUAUUGAUAUCUAAAAUUAUGAUUUUGUAGUGCUGGACUCUCAGAAUACAGUUUUAUGUGUAGAUUUUAUAGUGCUGAAUUUCCUGAAUACGAGGCUACUGGACUGCAUUAUUAUUAUUAGACAAGAUGAGGAUUCAGUAUGUCUAUGCGUAUGCAACCUUUAGGUAGUAAUAAACAGUUUGAAAAAAAAAAUUAAAAAAUAGUCAGAUGGGCUUGCUACUGGUACUUGUUUUGAAUGGCAGGAGUUACAAGUGCUUUUGAAACAAGUGAGUCAGAGAUAUGUGAAAAUUCUAAUUCUAUAAUAUCGAUACUUCAGACACUUUCUUAAAUACAGUGUAAAACUCUUAACACAUACCCCAGUACAGAGUAAAUAUCUAACACAUGCCCCUGCCAUAUGACAUAUUAACUGGUCUAUAAUUAUUCAGGGCAGAACUGCAUUAAAAACACUUAUUGUUUGUUUUCCCCUUUUGUAGUAUUAUAUACUACAGCACUGAUUCAAGUGCUAGUUAUAUAUCCCACCACUGCUUUACUCCUGUAUGUGUGUCUGUCACAAAUCUUGUCCGAACAUUUCUCAUCCGAUUUUCACCAAACUUGAACAAAAUGUGUUUAGCCAAAUCUGCCCAGGCACUUCGGAAUUAUGGCCCUUGAAACUUGUUUUUGAUAAUCAAAGCACUGGAAGUCUGAUAAGGUAGAUUGGGUCUUAGUGCAUGGUUGACUCAUACAGUAUACUACUGUUCAGAUGAUAGGCAGUUGUGGGAGACAUGCGCUUUUCUCAAAAGCAGCUCUAGUUGGAUAUGAUUUUGGAGACAUCUAAGUUAAUCAUGUUUAGACCUCAUUAUCAGUAUCAUAUGGUUUUACAACUUCAGGACCCAUAUUUUUCAGCCAUCAGAGUCAGAAACGAAAAAUUAUGACCUAAAACAUAACUAUUUUUGUGUUCAUUCUGCAAUUCUGCUUCAACAUUGCAGAGAUGUUAAAAUUGUAAUAUGUACACAGCUGCCAAAUUUCAAAUCAAGAUUAUUAGUAAGGUAACUAGUGUAAAUUGAAUACUAGGUACACGUUUACUAUAAAAGUCUGCUAAAGUGUAUGUUUAUUUCUUGUUGACUAGAAUCAACUGGCAAACAAAAAAUUGACCUUACAGUUGACUGCAGGCAGCUUGUUGUUGUUGUUGUUUGAGAACUUGUUGCUUUAUAUAAAUGCUUUUUACUGUAUUAUUGUUGUCUGUCAACAGAGUAUCUCAAAUAUGUGUUCAACUGAAUUUUACGCGAAAGGUGUGUUUGAUUAAUGUUAGAUUAAAAUAGGAAACCUAUUAAAGAAUAAAGAUUAGAUUUUAUCAUACUGUAUUGAUUGAAAUAAUUUUAUACUAGGAUACUAGGGGUGUGAUGAAUAUUUGUUGAGUUAGCAUGUAUAUUCUUGUUUAAAUGAUGUUUGUUGCAAAGAUGAACAUGUGUUGAGAUACACAAGUUGAAAUCUUUCUUGCAAAGAUGGGCAUGUGUUGAGAUACACAAGUUGAAACCUUUGUUGCAAAGAUGGGCAUGUGUUGAGAUACACAAGUUGAAAUCUUUCUUGCAAAGAUGGGCAUGUGUUGAGAUACACAAGUUGAAACCUUUCUUGCAAAGAUGGGCAUGUGUUGAGAUACACAAGUUGAAAUCUUUGUUGCAAAGAUGGGCAUGUGUUGAGAUACACAAGUUGAAAUCUUUGUUGCAAAGAUGGGCAUGUGUUGAGAUACACAAGUUGAAACCUUUCUUGCAAAGAUGGGCAUGUGUUGAGAUACACAAGUUGAAACCUUUGUUGCAAAGAUGGACAUGUGUUGAGAUACACAAGUUGAAACCUUUGUUGCAAAGAUGGACAUGUGUUGAGAUACACAAGUUGAAACCUUUGUUGCAAAGAUGGACAUGUGUUGAGAUACACAAGUUGAAACCUUUGUUGCAAAGAUGGACAUGUUUUGAGAUACACAAGUUGAAACCUUUGUUGCAAAGAUGGACAUGUGUUGAGAUACACAAGUUGAAAUCUUUGUUGCAAAGAUUGACAUGUGUUAAAAUACACAAGUUGAAAUCUUUGUUGCAAAGAUGGACAUGUGUUAGCUACUAAAGUGCAAAGUUUGACAUAUUUCAGCUGCACAAAUUGAAAUCUUUUUUGCAAAGAUUUACAUGUAUUCAAAAACACAAUUGAAAAUCUUUGUUGAAACAUCAUUUUGAUUCAGACUGCUAGUGUAAAAUGAAGACUAUUGAAUAAAUGAAUCAACAUUGUGCUAUAGACAUGUAACAUUACGCAUUAUCAUGAACAUAUGAUUAUCACAGGGUUCUCUUUCCAUAAGUGUGUAGACCCUUUUUUCUAUGGCUGUUUGUCCAACCGUCUUGUUAAUAAUAAAAUAUUUUGUCAUGUUUUGAUAAGUUUGUUGACAUGAAUGUUAAAUUUUAUGAUCCCAUUUCAUUUGAGCAUUGUAAUUGUACAUCAUCAUGUAUUUCUAAAUUAAAGGAUUUUAAAGCUA